AUGUUUCUUGUAGAUUGGUUUUAUGGGAUUUUAGCAUCUCUUGGUUUGUAUCAAAAGGAAGCAAAGAUCUUGUUCUUGGGACUUGAUAAUGCCGGUAAAACAACUCUGCUUCAUAUGCUAAAAAAUGAGAGGCUAGUUCAGCAUCAGCCAACACAGUACCCAACAUCGGAAGAACUAAGCAUAGGAAUGAUCAAAUUCAAGGCCUUUGAUUUGGGUGGUCAUCAGAUUGCUCGUAGGGUCUGGAAGGACUAUUACGCCAAGGUUGGAUUGAUGCUAAGAGUAAUGGGAUUCGGUAACAAUGGCUCCAUUAGUGGCUACAUGUUUCUCAACUUGCAGACAAAACAGAUGCUGGCAUCCGAGGAAGAACUUGCUCCAUAUAAGGUCUUAAGCAUUAGCAUAUAA